GUUCGCGAGCAGACUUUUCUCGCGUGACCGAGCGCGUCGCCGGCGGAAAGCAGAGACUUUUGCCGCGCCAUGAUCCAGUUCCAGCAUCAGAAUACCGGCGAGUCGCAGAGAGUCGAAAGGACCGAGGCAGCCUCCAAUCCAGAGGUGAGUGCCGGUCUCUGCAAGAGGGGUGUGGGCACGGACCACCUAGAGAGCUUUGCGCACGUCUUCUCGAUGACGGACACAAGUUCCUCUCCUCCAGAGCAGACAGAACGUGUAGAAAACCGCCAGAAUACCAAUGAGAACGAGGACCGGGAGGACAGGCCUUCGCUUGCCCACUCGGACACCCUCGCGAGAAUGCGGACCUGCUGCCCCGGGCUGCGCAACAAGAGUCAAUACUUCGACCAGUGGCUCAGCUCCAGAUGGUCUGUCUCACAGAGCGUCUUUCUGCUGGUUGUCUUCGUACUGAGCUGCUCUGGCAAGUUUGUGCUGGGGGAGGUCGUCUACGUGGAGGGCAUCAAUUACUUUUCCUACUCCGUAGUUAGCAACGCAGCGUCGCUGCUGACCUCCUUGACCGUGUCCUUCACCAUUGAAGGCUGCCACGCCUUUGACAAGGUGUUUUCCUGGAAAGCGCUCUGGAGAUUCGCCGGGGUGUCCUUCCUCUUCACCUGCGCCAGUGCCCUGGUCGCCCUCUCGCGCUGGGCGGGCACUUCCAACGUGCAGAUCGUGACGGUGGGAUACCUGUAUUUGCCGCUCUCUGUGAUCAUGAGCUACUACGUUUUCUCCCGCAACUACGGGAAGCUAGAGUGGCUCACACUGGGAAUGAUGACGCUGGCUGUCCUGACCUAUGUCAUUCUGCGUGAGCAGUAUAGAGGUUUGGAGGAAGAAGACUACCAUCCUCUCGACAGGCUGAAAAGCUCCUUCACGCCGGCGGGCUUCUCGCUCCUCGUGUGCGCAGUGAUUCUCAGUGUCACAGGCUCCAUUUUUGCGGAGCGGAUUUACAAGCACAAGUCGCGCGGUCUCACCUGGUGGCAGGGCAGGUUCUACAUCAUGAAGGUUCACAUCGACGUGACGUCUCUUUUAUUGAGCCUCUUGCUGUGGGGCAUCAGCCACUUGCUGGUAGGCCGCGAAGACGCCUUUUCGGACUGGUUUGCCAUGUGGUCCAGCACGCCCGAGUGGUUCGGCCGCUGGACAUGGUGGCAGGUCCUAGUGGUCGUGGUUGACGUGAUUCAAGGCUGGUCCGCCGGCUUAGUCACCAAGGAGCAUUCCACCACCUUCAAGGCGAUCAUGCAGACCCUGUGCUACAUUUUCACCAUGCUGGUUGAGGACCCAAUACUGGGCAACAGGUGGGGCUUCGAAUCUCGGGAGCUGCCAUCCAUCAUGCUGGCGAUCAUCUUGGUCCUGUCUUCCAUUGUUUUCCAGCUGGGUAGACACAACGUAAAGGUCCUGGAGAGGGCAGCGGCGGCACUGGCCCAGGACUCGGCAACGAAUUCGAGCACAGUCGCUCGGGAAGAUCGACAACAAGAGCGACCAAAAACGGAGAAGAUCAAAAGAACUCUCUCCACUUGGAGCUCUGCAUGCCGGAAGUAUGUGCUGAUUCUCAUCUACAUUUUGUCGGAUGCGAUCCGGAACCUGACGCUGGCCAAGGCCUUGAGUUCCACGGUCAUCAACCCAAGCUCGAUGACCUUGGUGGUCUACGUGAUUGGAGUGGUGGUUGCCUCGGGCCUGACGCUGUACGUCGAGGGUUGUAGUGGACUUUUGACCGCAUGGAGCCCCAAGAAGAUCCUGAAAUGUUCUCCUCCGGGCUUCCUAUAUGCGUUGACUGCCACUCUCAUGAAUAUGGCCUACUCACAAGGCAUGAACGCAGCUUUGGCCCUGAUCAUCGGCAAGCUUUACACACCGGUGGCGGCCAUUGGCGCUAGAUGGGUUCUGAACAAAUACUACAUGUGGCUAGAGUACGUAGCCAUUGCAAUCCUGACUUUCGCGAGCAUCAUUUUUGGCUACCUGCAGGCCUUCAGCCCAGGUAGCAGCCCGGAAUGGGUGGAGAGCAUCUCGACUCUGAGGGUCGCGAUGCUGCUGGUUUUAGGCUCCGCCGUCACUUCGGCCUUCAACUCUUUGCUCACGGAGCGAAUUCUGAAGGGUGAGAAGGCCCGCUACCAUGUCCAGAAGGUGCGGCUGGAUGCCUCUUGCAUCGCUUCCGCGCUGGCCUUUAUUCCCCUGAUUGCGGUGAUCUCCAAUCGUGCGCAGGACAACCCGUGGGAAGUGCGACCUGUGGAUGGGGCGUGCCCCAAGUCGUCGGUCUGCUGGCAAGAUGACGGCUGCCUGAACCCCGCUUGCGAGUGCGAAUGCGGCAGCGGGCUCUUUGCUGGCUGGAUACCCAGUGCCAUGGGGGUCAUCAUUUUAGCUUUGGUCAUCAACACAGGCUACGGCUGGAUUGUGGGCAAACUUGUACAGGCUUUUUCGACCAUCGACCGCGCCAUUGCGGAUGCGUUCAGCUUGCUUCUGGUGUACUUCAUAGGCGAUCCCCUGCUGAAUGGAACCAGCCUGGACAACAUGUGCAUGAACUUAGUGGCUUUCAUAGUGCCGCUCAGCACAAGCAUCUUCGCUGUGGCAUCGUCAGAAAUGCAGCGGGUGAUGAAUGCAGCAGACCUGAUUGAAGGCAAACAUCCUGAUGAGACGGAAGUGACGGACUCGGAGGAGACCCCCAGCGACACUGGUGACUCCAGCGAGACCUCGGGAUGCGACAUCUCUUCAGAAGACGAAGAGGCAGCGCUAUCUCCAAGCAAGCGCUGGGCGGACGGCGACAGCAAGCAGACCGCACCUUCAGGUGACACAUCAGCAACUUUGUGAGGACUAUACCUUAGGUAAUGCCCUGGCUCCAAGUGGAGUGAGCUCCCGCUAAUUCGAGAUGCGAAACGGCAUGGACGACAGUCCGGUUCUUGCUUUCCGAAGAGG